AUGCCGCCGUUCAACCUUGUCUCUGGUUCGGCGAAGCUCGUGUUGGCCGCCUUGCUUGUCCAGCAGGCGGCUGCACAGCAAGCUGCUCAGAGUGGAGCUUCCACCUCUACCGUCAUCUCGGCCAUCGUGCUGAACGCCAUCAUCUUUGCCAUCCUGUUCGCCAUCUUCCUCAUCGCCCGUCCUCGUUUCAAGCGUGUCUAUGCUCCUCGAACUUACCUCGUCACUCCCGAGGAGCAGAUCGAGCCUCUUCCUCAAUCGCUCUUCGGCUGGCUUCCCGUCUGGCUCAAGACUCCCACCACCACCAUCCUCGAAAAGAAUGGCCUCGACGCCUACAUGUUUGUCGAGUACCUCGAGAUGAUGCUUUGGAUCUUUGUCCCCAUCUGGUUGCUUUCCUGGAUCGUCCUCAUGCCGGUCUACGGCGCAGGUACCACCGGCGUCGGUGACGGCUUCAACCGCUUCAUCCUCAGCAAAGUUGGUCCGAGUCCUCAGCAGCAGAAGCGCUACGUCGCUCCUCUCCUCAUCCAGUGGAUCUUCACCUUCUGGCUUAUGUGGAACAUCCGUUCCCGCAUGUCCAAGUUCAUCAAGCUCCGUCAAGACUUCCUCGUCUCUCCUCAGCAUGCUUCGUCCGUCCAGGCGAGGACCGUCCUUAUCACUGGUAUUCCCAACGAGCUUCUCAGUGAGAAGAAGCUGCGCGGCAUCUACUCGCAGCUCCCUGGCGGCGUCGCCAAGGUUUGGCUCAACCGCAACCUCAAGGAGCUGCCUGACCUCUACGACGAGCGCGAAAAGUGGUGCAACAAGCUCGAGUCCGCCGAGACCAGCUUGAUCAAGACCGCCUACAAGCUCGUCAAGAAGGGCAAGGCACAGGACGCCAGCGGCUCCCUCCCCCAAUCCGACCUCGAAAUCAACGCCGAGGUGGCCGACCAGUACGUCCCCCAGAAGAAGCGUCCCACUCACAAGCUCGGUAAGAUCCCUUGCAUGGGCGAAAAGGUCGACACCAUUCACUGGUGCCGCGAAGAGAUCGCUCGCCUCAACAAGGAGAUCGAGAAGAAGCGUUCCGAGAUUGCCGUCGACUACAAGAACUACCCUGCUCAGUCUAGCGCCUUCAUCUUGUUCAACACCCAGAUCGCCGCUCACAUGGCUGCCAAGGCACAGGCUCACCACGAGCCCUACCGUAUGACCAACCGCUACGUCGAGGCUCACCCUGACGACGUCGUUUGGGCCAACAUGAACAUGAACCCGUACGAGCGCAAGAUCCGCACCGUCAUUGGCUGGGCCAUCACCAUCGCCCUCAUCAUCUUCUGGGCUGUUCCCGUCGCUUUCGUUGGUAUCAUCUCCAACGUCAAGGGUCUGGCCGACAACGUACCUUUCCUCGGCUGGCUCAACAGCAUUCCCAACGUCGUCGUCGGUAUCAUCCAGGGUAUCUUGCCCACCGUCCUCCUUGCCGUGCUCAACAUGUUGCUCCCCAUCUUCCUCCGUCUGCUCUCGCGCCUCAGCGGUACUCCCACCCGCAGCGCCAUCGAGCUCGACCUCCAGGGUCGUUUCGCCGCCUUCCAGAUCGUGCAGAACUUCCUCUUCCUUACCCUCAUCUCGGGUAACGCUGGUCAGAUUGCCCAGUACGUACAGCAGGUGGCUUCGCAACCCGGCCAGUUCCCCGGUCUCUUGGCCGAGGCUAUUCCCAAAGGUUCGCUCUUCUUCCUCAGCUUCAUCGCCCUCCAAGGUCUCUCCGGUGCCGCCGGCCUGUUUGCUCAGGUGGCUCCCCUCGCCGUGUACUACGUCAAGAAGUUCUUGCUCGGCUCGACUCCUCGCAAGGUCUGGCACAUCGACCACGACACUGGCGGACCGGCGUGGGGUACCCUCUUCCCCGCCAUGACGCUGAUCACCGUCAUCGGAACCGGCUAUGUUGUCAUCGCCCCCAUCGUCAACGGCUUCGUCGUCUUUACCUUCUUCCUCUUCUUCCUCGGCUACAAGUACCUCUUCCUCUACGUCUAUGACACCAAACCCGCCAGCGAGACCUCGGGCCUCUUCUUUGGCAAGGCCAUCCGCCACAUCUUUGCCGGUCUCUACGUCGAGAUGGUCAUGCUCACCGCCAUCUUCUUCCUCGCCCAGUCCGAGGAUGCCGCUGGCCAAAAGUCGCAGUCGGCCAUUCCCGAAGGUGCCUUUAUGGUGGUUCUGAUCGUCAUUGUCGUUGGUUUCCACUACUUCCUCAACGACUCGUUCAGGGAGCUCGAGACUGCCCUGCCUCUUACGCUCGCAGGUGGCGCGUCCUCGGGCGCCCAGCUCGAGGGCAACUUCUCCCGCACCUCGGGCGAGACCGCCUACAACGAGAAGAAGACGGUCAACGGACAGGGCAGUGCUUCGCACGAUGCUGCUGCCGCUCCUGGCCUUCAGGGUGGGCUGCACAGCAACGGUGUGCAAGCGGCCGGCGCCAGCGGCGAGAAGCACCAGUCCGAUUCUGGCCUCAGUCCCGAGCAAGACUCGGCUUUCUUCCACCCCUCGCUCACCGGCGAGCAGAAGCCCAUCUGGCUGCCCAACGACAAGUUCGGAAUUGGUCGUGCCGGUGUCGCUUCGGCUCGCAAGGCCGGCCUCGACGCUACUUACGAGCACACCUCGGUCACCGAAAAGGGUACGGUGCAGACCGACGCUUACGAGCCUCCUGGUGAGUCGCUCGUCUAA